AUGUCGUCCAACCAUUCUCAUCAUAAUCCUUCAUGUAACAAACGUUCUUAUUCUAUUGUUGUUAUCCAUAUCUGUUGCAUACCUUUCGCUAUUCUUUUCACACUCGGUGUAUUCGAACUUCUACUUGAUAACUUCCCAUGUCAUAAAGUGUUUGUGAAGCGUACCACUAUACUAGUCUCAGCAUUGGCGUACGUAUUAGUGUUGUAUCCUUUGAUGGCGUUUGUAGUCACCAAGGUGUUAGGUCCAAUUCAGAACAACAACAACAAUAAUAGUUUGUCCAAUACUCAUCCGAAAAUGGCAAGUGUGGUGACCAUCAUGUGCAGCGUGGCAAUUUAUUCAUUAUCUGAAGGUAUCAUCUAUUUUUUUCAACUAGAUUCAUAUGCUGGUUUCAUUCAUACUAUUGUAGGAGGGUUACUUGGAUGGUUUAUCUUUACCCCGAUCACUAAAUCUGUCACUGCCAAAGCAGCUGGAUGUCAAGAAAAACAGCUAGCUUCUUAAGUCUAUCUCUCUCUCUUUUUUAUCAAGUGCCAAUGAAGAAGGAGCGAAUCAAG